AUGUCACUACUCGAUCGUUUACCGAACGAAAUCAUAAUAUGUAUCUUUGCUUAUUUAAAACCAGAGGAUAAAUUUCACUCAUUUUUUGAUUACAAUGAGCGUCUACGAAAAUUAGUGAAACGUUAUACUACCUACAGUCGUCUUGAACUUGAAAAAGAUAUUAACAGAUUUUCAACGUUGCAUAGUUGGUACAAACAUUUGGACUACAUUGCUGAUGGUGAAGCAUUUUAUAUAAUACCAUUGAUAGGUGAACAACCACGAUACAGCUUUGAUCCACGUAUUUCUGACUAUAUCGGUAUUCAUUGGCAUUUUUGGGCACAGGAUACUGUGCCAAUAGCUGAUGAAAGAAUACAACGAAUUAUUCAAAAAUACCCAAUUAAGCUUAAUCCGUCCUUUUAUCCUUUUGCUUCUUAUGCAGGAUUACUGACACCUGGAUUCAAGGAUUUCAUUUCUCGACAUUAUCCAUGUCAGUUUGAUAUAUUGAAAACUAAAUUAUUUAAUCGAUCUUGCACAACCGAUCAAGAAAUGCUUGAAAUUAAUACUGAUGAUGUCAAGAAUGAAUUGAAAUAUAUCUUUGACAAUGAGCCAAAGCGUUUAAAAGGCACGAUAUUGGAAGCAGCGGAAUGCAUUUGGAAAGAAUUACAGCAAUUAGAAGAUGUAAAUAUACUUAAGAUGGAAUGCAAUCAAUAA